GCCCAGGUCUGCUACUCGGUCGACAUUCGCCAGGAGCUCCUAAAGAGACAGUUUCAACGAUUGGAAUCCGGUAGAUCCCGCAGACUUCCGACGUCUCAUAUUACUGGCGCCUCUCAGCGUGCGCAGAAUGACGAAUGAGAAUCCAUGCUACUCCGACUCACAGGAGCCUAGAGUCGAGACUGGAUGGUUCCGCUUCUUCGCUCCAACUGUAGGGAGGACCUUAACUAGCUAUUCGCUCCUCAAGCCAUCUGAAUACUCUUCCUGGAAGUAACUCGAUCUGCUGCCGCGCAAUUGUCUAAGUACCGACCGACCGAUUGAACAAUGACUCAAGGUUUCUUCCACCAUGACGACAGUCGGAGAUGGAGCCCUGAGAAGGGUGUUUUGGAAGUCCCAUCGCUCCGCAUCCAUCUGCUCACCACUUGCACUCGAGGCGGUGUAACGAAAUAUAUACUGGGACUGGCUCAAGUCGAGUGACACGUCGCAUCAAGCUGGGUGACGGUCGGGUGCUACACCGCGCAAAGAACUCGCUGCCGAUUUGCGCGUCCAUUACACACAAUCGGCUUGUGUUUCUCCUAAAUCCCCAACACGGGACAGACAAUCUGCGUAAGGAAUUGAAUGAGUCGUGUUCAUGCAUGCGGCCGCACCACAUGAAAGCUCCGCUUCUGACGACGACCUUGCUCGCCUGGCCCCAUGCUCAUCGUACGCGCUCCUCGAACACUCACCAGUGCAUACAUCUAUGCUUACGACACCCUCUUGACCCUUUACAACCUUGUCGCACCCAAGCGUAAGAAAGGCCAAGUGGUCCGGAAAGACAUGCCUGGUGCGGGGCGGUGUUGGCCAGAAUUUGUGCCGCCGACGGAGGAUGACAGCCGGUGCGCGUGCCCGAUGCUGAACGCGAUGGCAAAUCACGGAAUCCUGCCUCACGACGGGAAAGAUAUCAAGUUCACCACGCUUACCGAGACGGUCAGAGAGACGUGGAACUUUGCCCCGACGUUCUCGCUCUUCGUAGCACGAUUCAUCGCGGAUGUUUUGGGGAGGGAUUACAAAACCGGUGCGUGCGACUUGGCUGAUAUCAGCUUGCACAACGGUAUCGAGCACGACGCGUCCAUCACUCGGCAAGACUGCUUCUUCGAUUCCGGACAAGACAAACCAUACCGGCCAUUCAUCGAGCAGUUUCUCGGAUCUGCUUCAGGCGACAACGGGCUGCUUCUGUGUGACAAAGACUUGGCUCGGUAUCUGGCCCAACGACGAGCGCAUUCCCGAUUGGCGAAUCCGGAAUACUCGCUUGACACACUGCAUAGGAUGCUGGGAACAUCCAACGCUUGCUCGCUUACGACGAUGUUUGCGGGCAAUGUCUCGGAUCUGCGCUGCUUCCUGCUGGAGGAGAGGUUCCCUCUUGACUGGGAGUCGCACAUCCGAACCAGGAAGGGACUGACGAUGGCCACACUCAACAGGACGACCAUCAAGGUCGAGGCUGAGACGCUGAUAGAGGAGGCCAGACUUCGAGCAGACCUAGGCAGUGUUGGACCAUCCGUGUGACGCGAUGAAUAGUAUACGACUUGGUUCGAGCCUGGACGCUUUCAAUCUUCCUUAUCUGUGCAACGAACCACCUCAAGGCUCGAAAGAUAUGCCGCCGCUACACCUGCCUUCAGUCCACACUACGUGGUCGCACUGUGGACGACAAUGCUGCUUCACGUAUCACCCAGAGUCGCAGACCGUCACACAGUCGGUCUCAACACAUUUCUUAUUUCUCAACACAUCCAUUGGUACAAGUGCACAAUUUCAGGUAGAUUUUUAUGAAUACAGAGGAAAGCCAU